CCACUUAAAGGCAGGAGGGAAGAGAGAGGAGGCGUGGAGAGAUAGAAGUGAGGAGAUGGGGAGUUGAGAGGAGUAGGGAGCUAAUGCGAGGAGGCGUGUGUAAAGUCAGCCAUCCGUCAAUAGGAGUUUUGUAUCAUCACCAGCAGGUCAAGUGGAGAUUAUGUCCAAACCCUCGUCCAACGUCAAGGCCCUGCAGGCUAAUCUGAACAUCCCGAUGGGAGCUCUGCGUCCAGGGGCGGGACAUCCUGUGAGGAGGAGAGAGGAGACGGGAGACACACAUGAGGCUCCCUCGCCGCCGGCUGAGCAGCCUGGGGAGGCGGCGCACACGCCGGAGGACAAAAAGAUGCUGUCGGGCGCCGUCAAGCUGCCGGGGCCGGCCGUGGACCUCUCGGAGCUGCAGAACGUCAAGAGCGAGCUACGAUGGGUCACCAAGGACUAGCACCUGUGCUGUUGGGCAAGGACCAGCGUCCAGGCGGCGAGCAGGACAGUACAGACUGGCCUGCUGCUAUGGAGAUGGUGUUUGGCAACAUCAGCAGCUUUGUGUGACAUGCUCAACACCUACGAACUGUCAAACAUCUCUAGAAUAAAUCAAAUCAUUGGUACAAAAUGCAGCAAUCUGAUGUCUAUGAAGUCCACCACCGCCAUCAUCAACGGCAAAGAGACGUUUUAGUAUCUCACAUUCUUUUAUGGUUCAUGUCUUGUACUGGUUUGGGUUUUUUUUUUUUGUCUUAUUGUGUGUUUCCGAUGAAAGUGGCAUCUGCAGGAACA